AUGCACGUGGGAGAGAAGUUCUUCUUCCAGCUGGCACGGCGUUCCAGUGUGAAGACGAGCGUGAAGAUCGUCAUCGCGAUAAAGGGCGUUGAUGAUGAUGCUUCGGGCCUGAAGUCAGCGAGCGCGUGUCAGAAAACACAUACACACUCAUCAUACAACAACAGCAGAACUCCCGUCGGCGCUCCCACAAACAUCAGCAGCGACAACGUGACUCAGCAUUCAGCGGCGCUGCAGUGAUCGUCCAUCCCGGAGGACGAGGUCAGAGGUUUCCUCCUGGGUUACAUCAUCUCCUACAAAGAGUACCUCCACCACCAGGGCAGGUUUAGCAUUGAGAGAAACGUCACAGUGGAUCGCGGCACGGCGUACGAGGUCCAGAUGUCAGGCCUCACCCGGGCGGGAGCCGGAGUCCGAAGCGCAGCCAGCAUAUUUAAAACUAAGGAUGACGGGUUUUCUAAUCUCGUUGGCGUCGUCAUCAUCUCCGCCGCCGUGGCCGCGGUGCUGAUAUUCGGAUCUCCUAUAAUAAAAAGAGCUAAAGGGACUCUGUGGCCGAGCAUCCCGAACCCAGGAAAGAGCAACGCCAUGCGGCACAUAGGAGAGCCCUGUGACCUGGAGCUCCUGGAGUCCCUCAACACUCUGACGGGGGCCGAACGGGACACAAGCGGCCUUCGGGUCGUCGAGAAAGAAGACGCGAUCCCUUCCACUUCGACAUCCACGGUGCCGCUUCUCGGCGAGGAGGAAGAGGCGCCAGAAACGACUCGGAACCGGAUCCAACGGGACCACGAGGAUGAGAUCGGAGAUAUCCGAGUGCACGGCACCGAGGAAACGCUCCCGGACCCCCGGAGUUCCCCUUUGGCGUUUUCAGGCGAUUACACCACGUUGGAGAUGUUUCCGGGGAUGCCGGCAACGACAUCGGGUACUCAAACCACGCAAAGCAAACCAGAGGAGACGGACUCCACCGGGUGACAUCAGGAUUGGACUACAUCGGGCAGUGGCACCAGUCCCAUAAGAUGUUCACCAUUCGGUGAAAAACGUUUCAGUUUCCAGCAUCCCUUCGUCUUAAACUUCGCGAGUAGAAACGCACAACGGGGUGAAUAUUGGGUUGAUUUCAAGAAACUUUUUAUUAUUUCAUAUACUGGUGUUAAAAGAUGGUAUUAGAUUGUAACCAUGAGCUGUCUAAGAGGGGCCGAGAUAUAGAAAACUAUAUUGGAGCGGUUUUAGGGGAAUGCACCGGUGCAGCAACUCCUUUAGGAUCAAAUCGGUAACACUGAAACGCCGCUUCUUCCACAUUAUGACUUUAAAUCUCACGAACACACAGCUGAAGAACUAACAACUCGCCGACCUUCAAAUGGGACCAUUGGAGAGAAUAAUACCAGGAAACCGAGCCACAGCCAGAGGAUUCCACCUCUGAGGACCAUGAGUAGGAGGACAGUCCACCAACCUGACCUCCACGGUGACCUCCCCUCCUGGUCAAGUGGCAGCACCUAAACCCAGAAGAGGAAAACAGAAAGGGGGCGAUGGUACUCGGUUUGACACGACAACAACAGACCUGAAUGAAAAGUCUCUUUAUUGAGUGUUUGUAUGGAAACUGAUCAGAUGUAUCGCUAUAGUUUCAAACAAAAGGAGGACCACAUUCACAAGUUCUUCAGAAACCGCUUUACCGGAUCUUUACACCGAGUCCCGGACAGACGCUCCAUCAAUCGGUUCUACGUUGUUGACCGUACGCAGCGGACACGCGGAUAUAAAAAAAACUAAAUUGGUGGUGUUGAAUGUUGUUUUUUAUAAACUUAACCACAACGUCACGCCUUCAAAUGAAGCUUUUAGUACAUGAACAAAAAACAACAACAAAACAGGAAAAGAAAAGGAAAUCGGUUCGUAAAAGCCAUUCGGUGGAAUUUAAAACUUUUUUUUCCCUAUCAAACAUUAAGAAAAGAAACACUAAUCUUAAAUGUUUGCGGAUACAA